AGUAUCUAUGAAACAGCCAAUAAAAAUCAGAGAAUUUUCAAAUAUUAUAUUUCAUAAAAAUUCUUAUCAAGAAUAAUUAAUUUUUUUUUAUAGUUAUCGUGGUGCUUAGUGAAUAAGAUACUAAAACCAUGCCAUACACAACAUUAAAUUAAUGUUAUAAAUCAUUGUCGCUGAUUGGUCAGAUUUAAUUCAAAUUUAACUCAAUAUAUAUCGAACGCACCUAUCAUCUUCCAGAGUGAAUAUUACCGUACAUGAUAGAUUUAAACGAUUUUUUAUUUGGCAUCUUAUUAUUUUAUAACCUUAUUUUUCUAUUUUGAGAUUAAAUAUAAUAAAGAUAUAUAAACGCGAACUUAAUCUUAAUGUUAAGUAAAAAUUAAAGAUGUGGAUAUUCGUUGGUAUGCUUUAAAUUUUAUUAAAAUAAUCGAUCAAUUUUGGACAAAAAGGCAUUAAUUAAAUAAUGGAAAUGAAUAAAUUUAUGAUCGAGUCUGCGACUCGUGAGACUCUCAGUGAGAACGAAUUUUUGAUUUCUUUAGAAAACAUUUUAAAAUCUAUCGAGGACAAACUUCAAAAAUUCGUGAAGAGUGCUCCAAAACUUUUGACAGAUCCCGAAUUGGAGUCUGGAUUGCGUAUUAUAGAAAUUGAAGGAGAAAAGAUACACGACUUUCUUCGUUCGGUUGUUCAACCUUAUUUAAAUAGUAGAAAAGAUGAAACGGAACCAGACCUUCAAUACAAAUACGAACAAAUGGAAGAACAAUUACACAUUCAGACUACCGAAUUAGAGAAAGCAAUCGAAGAAAUCCAAAGCCUUAAGAUCCAAAUAUUAAACCAAAGCAAUUUUUGCGCGAGUUUAGGCGCAGUAUUGGGAAAUUUAGCGUGGCGUGCUUCUCGAUUUCCAGAAAUCGUCGAUAUUUGGUUGUCAGGUCUCCAGAAUAAAGUAAGAGAGUUCCUGUCGAUAGUGAGCGGAAGUUUCGUGGCAUUUAUAAGCACGUACGAAACGGGUAUACCGCCUACGAACAACGUCGAGUAUCAGUUUGUGUUAGGAUUAUUGGGUAUUGUCACGAAUAUAUCGUCGAUACCGAAGGGCAGAGAGUUCCUCAUUACCAAUCAGAAUGGGAGGGAUCUCGUUGAGAAAAUUAUCAAAUUUAUGCCUAAUUUCUUCCCGAUAGCAUCGGGAAAGCAUUCGCUAAUGAGAUUGAUGCUGAUGAUAUUGUAUAACGUGAGCAUGAACAAUACCGGUUUAAGCUGCUUGUUCGAGUUUCGCGUGGCUGAAGUUCUCAGUCGCUGCUUGGAAGAGGAUACUUUAUCGGAAGAAUUGCAGCUGUUAUGCCUGCGCAUUCUCCAAUCAAUUACCUAUAAUCUUAAAGAUCCGAAAUAUAUCGAGGACCUGACCACGUCGAUUUCUAUUAGGAAUAUUAAGAAUAUUGCUAUCAACGGACAAAGCGAAACGAGUUCCGUAGCGAAAGAAGUUAUUAAACAAUUGCAAGAGUCCUUAAGAUCCAAAGUGAUUUAACGAAUAAAAAGAAAGAAAAAGAAAAAUGUACAAAAUAUAAUCGAUCGUUAUUUA